AUGCAGCUCCAGUCCCCACCUUGCCCUGUGGGUCCCGGGGGGCCACGAGAGCACAGGGGCCCCAGGGUAGCCCCGGGGGUCCGGGCUCUGUCUUCUCCCACGAGCCAUCCUCUGACCUCCACGUCCACCCUGCACCCUUGUCCCCCUCCCCCAGGGUCCUGGUGCAGCGUCAGGGUUAGGGCUCCGCCUCCACUCACGCCUCCUCCUGGCUCCCCACCGGGCUUCAGCCAGAUCUCCGCCCUCCGACCUGAGUCUCCCGCCUCAGCCCCGCCGUGUCCCACUCUGCCCACCCUGGCCCUGUGUCCUCUGGGCCCUGGCUUCUGUGUGCCCACGCCUGGCCAAGGCGGCCUGGGAGACCAGAGACCCAGUGCCCGUGUGCUGGUCCCGCUGGGCGCUGUGGCAGAGCCAGGCUCCGUCUCCCAGCCCUGCCGGUCCUCGCUCGGCUGGCUCAGAGACCCCGCAGCCCCCGCAGCUGUCCCCUCUCAGCCGAGAGCCGCGGGCCCCAACCCUCUGAGGGACGGAGACAGCUGGGCCCACGAGAGGCACUCCUCUGCAGCUGCUGAGGCCCCCUGUGCCCGCUUCCCUGCCCAGGAGCCCUCCCGAGGCCACGCCCUGAAACUGCGUCAGACUCUGCCUCUGCAAGCGGACCUGGGCGCUUUGCUGCCCGCCCCCCGCCUGGGGACGGGCCCGCUUCCUGCGUACAGUGGGCCAUGGUCCAGGGCUGCCUUCAGAGGGCCUGGGAGCCAGAGGGAGCCUCGGGUGGCUAGAACAGUGAGCCUGUCAUCUGACGUCUGGCAGGGGACCAGGGCGGGAGGGAAAGGAGGCUCUUGGGUGCCCGGCAAGGGUGAGCGGGGCGGCUUUCCGGGCCACAGGGCCAGGAGCAGCCGGGUGGGCCCGGCAGGCUGUGCCGUGCCAGGGAGCGGCAGAGCCCAGACAGGAGGACCCGAGGAGAAAGACGAGCUCCUGAGCAGGCGGCCCAAGUUUCCUGCACAGAAGGGAUUUGGGGAGGGAGGGGGCCGGGGACCUGAGGGCCUUGGGGUGGGGGGCCGCACAAAGGGCUGGGAGAGGCCCUACGCCCGCAGGUUUGCCCGACGCAGCUGGGUGGCCGUGGCUGGGCCGUGCCCUGCUUGCACCGGCCGGAGGCGCCCCACCCUCUCCAUUUGUCAGCCUAAUUGCCUCGAUGCCCUGGGCGCUGGCACCGGCAAGCCAGGCAGGGGGCAGGGCGGGGAGGAACCUGAGCUGCGGGCCGCGCCCGGCCGCGCGCCAGUCCUGCCCGGAAACCGCUGGGCAGGCGAGACCCUCGCCCUGCGGGCCGUGUCUGCCAGCCCGUGCGGGGACCCCCCGCCUUCCCCCCUGCGCCCCAAGCUGGGGGCGGCUGCGCGGACCCCCGCCCGCCUGGGCUGGCCGGGAGGGCCCCGGAGCCCGGACCCCCCGGCCGCCCCGCGCCCCCGCCGCGGUCUCCGCAGGCCCCGGGCCCCGCGCCCCCGCAGGCGCUGCGGCUCCGCUCGGCGGCCGCCCCACCUGCUCGGACGGCGCCCGCCACGCCGCGCGCUCGCCGCUCCGCUCGCCGCCCCGCCGCGCCCGGCGCCGCCCGGUUUAAAGCCGCUCAGGCCCCUCCCCGGGGGAGGCGGGCGCCCUGAAGCCGGGAGCGGCGCCGGGCGGGCAUCCCGGGCGCGGCGGGGCGCGGGGGCCCCCCGGCGUCACCGCGAAGGAACGCGGGCGGCCGCAGGCAGCGGGGCGCGUCCGUGCCGCCCCGACGGCCUCCGAGUGGCGUUCGCGCGGGAGGUGCGGUUUCGCUUUACAAACGUGACUUUGUUGCCUGCAGCGGGGCGUGGAGCCGCCGGUGCCGGCGCGGACCCCCGGCCCAGCCGCCCGUCCAGGCCGCUGUCCUGCGGCGCCAGGCCCUCCCUGCUCAGCGCCCUGGGGCCGCCUUCCCGCGCUGCCACUCAGGCCCGGGGCUGCCGGCCGGGCUGUGCUCACAGGCGGCCUCCCUGA